ACGCGCACGUAGGCUAAGUUGUUAAUCGAUGAAGUCGGCUUUUAUUUCACUGUACUGCGGCAAGAAAAAAACUGAGAAGCACUUACUGUAGCCAGAGUUUUUACCAGUGUUGGCAAUCGCUACAGAGCUCGCUAGUAUUCAAGUGGAAAAAGCUACAAGAAUGUACAGAAUGCGCUGUCCAUCGUCCAAUUGGCUUUUCCUGGUUUUUUCGUUGCUUCUAUCCAUUGACGCUGUCCUAGCAAGGAAAUCUGAACAAAAUGUCCACCUUCACAUGACCAAGAGAGAAAUAGAGCAUUACUUUGGUGUCAAGGAUCAUACAAAAAUUCCCGAAUACGAUAUUAGCUCGCCACAUCAUACAGACGUUAAUGGAAGGACUACGUCUCCCUUUCGCAUCAGGAGAGAUGUGGGUCAUUCAGAUAUUUUACAUUACGACGUGCAUGCAUUUGGUUCCAAAUUACGGCUUAGAUUGAAGCGAAAUGGUAAUCUCAUGGCACCGAACUUAGUUAUUGAGAGACAUCACGGAGAGGGUAUGGUAACGACUCAAUCUGCACCCAAAAACAAAUACUACUUGGGACAAGUUUUGUCCGAUCCAGAUUCCUUGGUGGCCUUGCGAGGUGACAGAAGCUUGAUGGGUAUGAUCAGGACUUCUCGAGAAACACUAUUUAUACAGCCACUCUCGCCACACUUGGCCAGGAGAGUAAGGAGAAAUGCGUACUCUACGCCGCACUUGAUUUACAGAAUUCCAACACAAGAAGCGGUUUCCUGUGAAAUGCAGUCAACAGGAAAAGAUCGUAUCAAGAGAUCUACACUUAAUAGGAAGACUCGUGAAGUAAAAACAAAUGGCUAUAAGUUUCUUGAAGGAGCGUUAAUUGUUCCUAAAAGCUACGAAGAGAAGUAUGGAACAGAUAAAUUUGCCACAGUACUCCUCGCUAUUGCCAACAUGGUUGCUGGUAUGUAUCAAGAUCCCAGUAUAGGAAAAAUCAAGGUCUAUUACGUGGUUACCAGGAUUGUUGUUAUGGAGUCAACAGUAAAGCUGGCUAAUUUCACUAAGGUCGACAGCAAUAGCAAGAAGCUGUCACAGAUGUUGAAAUGGGCGGGACCUUCAACACUAAGAAGUAAUAACGACCCGGAUCACUAUGACGUGUUCAGUUACGUGUCAAAUGAAAUAAAAAGCGGAGGUCUCGCCAUUGCUAACCAGAUCUGCUCCAAGGCAGGCGCAGGGAAUGGUAACAUCAACGCUGAUGUUGGUCUUCAAACUGCACUUCACGUCGCACACGAGAUAGGUCACAACCUUUACCUUGAUCAUGAUGGCGAUGUAGGGUGUCCGCAGCAUCAAUACAUUAUGGAAGCUGUUUUACCGAGUGGUAUCUAUGCAGCAACCUGGUCAAAUUGUUCGCGGAGGGUCCUUCAGGAAUUCUUAGGAGGCAGCAAGUCUUGGUGUUUAGAUAACACACCCCUCGGCGAUCUUCCAACCCUUAAACCUGAGUAUCACGGCAAACUUCCCGGGGAAAUCUUCGAUGGAGAUGCUCAGUGUGUCAUGCAGUACGGCGCUGAUUACGUAUUGUCACCUUAUCAAAAGGGAGUAUGCGAUAAGUUAUAUUGCUUUAAUCCCAAAAGUGGAGUGCAAUUGAGUCGUCUAGCACCGAUAGCUGAUGGGGCACCCUGUGCAGAACGCAAGUGGUGCAUAAGCGGGAAAUGUGUAGACAAUGGCAAACCAAGAAUUAAUGGAGGUUGGAGCGCGUGGUCUCGUUACGACUCACCAUGUACACGGCCAUGUAACGGCGGAGUCACGUUCAGAACUCGAACUUGUACAAAUCCUGAACCAUCUAAUGGCGGGGAAUCCUGCGUUGGAGAAAGCAAGGAGUGGAAAAUUUGUAACUCGCAGGCCUGUCAAGAAGGAGCAAAAACAUUUAGAGAGGAGCAGUGUUUAAGAAAGCAAUCUGGCUCAGUUCCCUACUUUGUUUCAAGUUCCCUUUGUGGAUUGUACUGUCGUGUCGGAAACCUUGUGAGAGGCAAAGGUACCGUAGAAGACGGAACGCGUUGCAAGGCAGACAAAAACACUUAUGAUGUGUGUAUCCAAGGAAAAUGCCGACCGGUUGGCUGUGAUCACGUUCUGGACUCCAACGCAAUGGUAGAUCGCUGUGGCAAAUGUGGCGGCGAUGGGGACCAAUGCUUCGUUAUUUCUGGAAGUUAUACGGCCUCUCACACUGUAAAAGGUCUUGAAAAUGCAGAUGUCGUUCAAAGACUUCUCAUUGGUGCUUACGACGUUUCUUUCAAAAUGAGGCAGUCAUCACGUAAUUACCUCGGGGUUCAAGCGGACAAUGGAACAUAUUUAGUGGGCAACGUAAGUAAAAACGUCCAGGAAGUUUCUGUUGCUAACACAGUUAUCCAGUAUACCCGCAAGAAGUCAAAGUACAAAGUGAUACUCACGAUUCCAGGUCCUACAGAUCAGAUUCUUAAAGUAGUGUAUGUUUAUGUCCAAGGUGGAAAUCCAGGAGUAGACUUUGACUUUAAAAGGGUCGUUCAACCUUCCGACACACCGCCUGAGAAUAAAUUUGAAUGGGUGACAUCCACGUGGUCCGCCUGUUCCACAACGUGUGGCCAAGGUGUUCGUACACGCUCAGCGAGAUGUAUUCGGUCAGAUGACAAAACACCCGCCAGCGAUGAAGCCUGUGGAGCAAAAAUUACAAGUGAAUCAUGCCAGGUCAAGGACUGUCCCUCGGAAUGGCACACCACUGAUUGGUCAACAUGUUCCAGAUCAUGUGGCAAUGGGUUGCAGACACGCGAUGUCAUCUGCCGUAAGAAGAUCAACCCUACAGAUUAUGGACCAAGCACAAACUGUCCCGCUGACCAAAAACCCAGCAUUUCUGAGAAGGUUCAAUAUUGUAACAGCAUCGAUUGCCUGGCUGAUUGGGACACUCAAGAGGGGCUACUGAAAGACAAAUGCGGGGAGCCAAUUGAUCCAGCGACGCUCUCUUGUUACCGAUUGGAUCACUUUGGCCAAAAAGCCAUGGUUCCGAAUCUUUUAUGUAGGUACAGAGCCAAGCCGACACGUCUCCCAUGUACAACUACAUCAAGCCCCACGGAACAAGGCAAGGAACAUACCGCAGCCCCCACAGACCCCACAGCCUCCGUCGACAAAAACGGUUCACAAUCAUAUCGACAUCAAAAUGCAAUAUUUACCAGCGUAUUGGUUCCUGUGCUUCAGAUUUUGCUGGAGUAUUAUAAUUUGGGAUAAGUGACAUUUAGUGACGUCUGUCCUUGUAGGAACUUUGAUUUUACAUUGUUAGAGGUCCCUUUUGUUACAUGCCAAAUGGCUCUCUCUUCUCGGGAGUGGGAAAGGAUGCUCUGGUACAUAUGAAAUGAUUUAAAGUGCGACAAUACGACCAAAUCAGCUUCUUCUUAGUGUUCAAUCAAUGCGAAUGUCCUCAAAUAUAUUUUAACAAAUUUGCAUGGAAACUUUACCUUGGGUGUCUACUAGCAUCUCAGCUAAAAUGAACAGUCUACAACAAAAUUAUUUCCUGAAAUGAUCUUUAAAAUAAAGGUUUUGCCGGGAUAAUAAAGCUACUAGGUCUCAACGAGAGUUAAACUAAGUUUCAGUAUAACAACUUUUAGUAAAAAAACCGUUUUAGUAUAAUAACUUUUAUCUAGUUUUUAAAGCAGGACGACUGAUGUCAAGGGACAACCCUCUCUGAUUCGGAUUGAGGAAAAAUAAUGGCUUAUUAUUUAGGGUGUGUAUGACUGACUUUCACUAUUUGAUAGUUGAUGCAAACUGCGAUAGGACGAUUAUUUCAAAAUGAAGUAUGCUGAAAUAUAAUUAACCUAGAGGUCAUUUUAAAAACCAUGUUUAUUAUAAAAUACAAUGACCACACAAGUUUUUAUUUGAUCGCAAUAAUAUUCUUUAAUUAUAAAAAAAUGUAAUUUAAAUUAUUUUGUAUAAGCAAUGUUAGAAUAGAUAGGAUGCGAAUU